AUGGCAGGGGCUCAUGUGAGGUUUUGGAGGGCAACAAGAGACCGGAACUUUGACUGCACACAGAAGGUACCUGGCAGAUUCCGUGGGCAUUGGAGCGACCUCGAGACAGGUGUUAUCCUUGAUGUACCAGAUGCAAAAUGGGUUAAGUACCGAGAUGUCGGACAAAGCUCGAAUAUUGGAUAUUUUGAGUAUUGUUUCCGAUUGAUCAAGCUUAACCCCCCAACCGAAAUGGCAAGCGACCGAGAAUUUGGGUUGAAUUUGAGCAAAAUGACAAUCGGAGCUGCUACCGGGAACCCUCAUGUUCUUACAUCAAACUUGCGAUUACCUCCAGGAAUAGAAGAAAAAAUGGCAAUCGUGAACGUGAAUCGCGAACUGUUUGCAGGAAGUAACACAUCUACUGCGCCAGCAUCAUCUUCUAAUUCGGCAAAUUCUGCCGUGUAUCGCAACUCAUCAAACAGAUAUGAGCAAGCCUCUUCCAGCACCUCAAGGGCACCGGCGACAGGCGCAUCGGGUUCAAGCCGCGCAUAUCCAAGAACAACACAUAGAAGCGAGCCCAGCGCUUCAUCUACAUACAGCACAGUCAGACCAACUGUUGCCACGGCUUCAAGUCGUGUAGCUGCGGUAGCUCCCUCCCGCAGCGAGCGCUACUCACCCGAGAAGGAAGUCCGUAGUGAACGCUCCACUCCAGAGUCUGACUAUGGCCCGCAUAACAAUUGGGGCGUGAAACCUAUCGACCACUUUCCAAAGGAGCGAAUGCAAGAAUUGGAGGCAAAAAGAAGAAAGCGGGAUUUGGAGAUGAGCGCGGGACGCUAUGACAGUCAAACAAAUUCAAGCUUCUCGGGCGAUCAGUAUCGUGAUGAGAGAUCCAUCCGCCAUCCCACCGAAUCAACGCGCACAGCUGCCACAGGAUAUUCGGUUGGUAGGCAAGGAGACAGAUACCAAGGCACAGACAGCUCAGGUCGUCAACCAUCCACGAGUCUAAUUUCCGCCGGACGUCCGACUCACAGUUCGAGUGAGAGGCGAGAUCCCGGAAGGAUGAAUCCUGCAGGGCCUUCUCAAGCUAGUACAAGGUAUGACACUAUGCCUCCAAGAGCCCGACAGAUUCUUGUUAGGCCAAAAAUUACUCGAAGUAACAUCGAAUUCAAUACUGGGCUUGGUAUGAACGACUCAGACCCAAGAGACUGGAAGGAUGGAAAUGUUGAUGGAAAGCGUGCGAAAAUCUUGAAGUAUGGUAGUAAUGAGUAUUAUUACUUGAUUGGCAGUGAUGGAAGACCAAGAUAG